CCUCGCAAGCUCCGCCCACUUGCUAGGCAACCGGGAGCAUGCCCAGCGGCCCCGGCACCGGCCCCGGCCCCAUCGGGGCGUCCGGCCUCCACGGCGGCCUCCGGGACGAGGCUGUGCGCUGACAGCCCGCGGGACAGGCCUGGUGAUCCCCGUGCGCCGCUUCCCCGCGAGGCCCCGGCCCUUUAAGGGAAGUAGGCCCGGCUUCCGCGGGUGCGGCCGGGCGGGGCGAGCGGGACGUGUCUCUCCGCGCCGUGUCCCUCCGCGGGCGCUGAGGCGGGGUGGGACCGGCGCUGAGGCGGCGGCCUGCGGAGCCAGGACAGAUUCUGGGCUUCAAGCAUCUUCCAGCUAAAUAUUGGUGCUGCCAGAAGGGGAGCCAGUAUUGCAUACUAAUCUAGAACAAACAAGCUGACUUCUGAGCUCAGGGCUUGUCUCUCUUGCGCUCUGGGGUAGCAGUCCCCGAGGCGGUGGCAGGAUGUGGAAGCCUCCGGAAGGAAAAGUUUCCAAGGGCCAUUGGCGUCUUCUCUGUGGGAAGACCAGGGGAACCACAAGGCGUGGCAUUGGAUUCUGAGAAGUUCGUGCCGGCAUCGUCCCCACACAGACUCUGGACGGCUCUGACCAGAGCAGAGAGAACGGAGCCCCGGGCACGAUCCCUGGGGGGAGCCAGCCCACCGGGACCUCUCCCAGGAAACGUGAGACAGUGGGCGCCACCAGGAUGUCCAACCCUUUCCUGAAGCAAGUCUUCAACAAGGACAAGACAUUCCGCCCCAAGCGCAAGUUUGAGCCGGGCACCCAGCGCUUCGAGCUGCACAAGAAGGCGCAGGCGUCACUGAACGCGGGUCUGGACCUGAGGCUGGCGGUGCAGCUGCCCCCUGGCGAGGACCUCAACGACUGGGUGGCCAUGCACGUGGUGGACUUCUUCAACCGCGUCAACCUCAUCUACGGCACCAUCAGCGACGGCUGCACAGAGGAGUCCUGCCCGGUCAUGUCGGGGGGCCCCAAGUAUGAGUACCGCUGGCAGGAUGAGCACAGGUUCCGCAAGCCCACGGCACUGUCCGCGCCUCGGUACAUGGACCUGCUCAUGGACUGGAUCGAGGUGCAGAUCAACAACGAGGACCUGUUCCCCACAAACGUCGGCACGCCGUUCCCCAAGAACUUCCUGCAGGCCGUGCGGAAGAUCCUGUCUCGGCUGUUCCGCGUGUUCGUGCACGUCUACAUCCACCACUUCGACCGCAUCGCACAGAUGGGCUCCGAGGCCCACGUGAACACCUGCUACAAGCACUUCUACUACUUUGUCAGGGAGUUCGGCCUCAUCGACACCAAGGAGCUGGAGCCGCUGAAAGAAAUGACUGCUCGGAUGUGCCACUAAGAGCCCCGAGGGCCCCUCAGUGCCCAGACCUCCCCAGGCUGCAGAGACUUGGAGGAGGAUGCCUGGGGACAGCAGCAUCUCUCUCCGACCUGAGCACCUUGGGAGCUUUUCAUCCCUCAAACCUGUGCUCCUGCCACUGUCGGGGUGUCGCCAGGAGACCCCAGCCCUGGACGGCGGGUUCCUUCCCCCCAGUCUCGAGCCUGGCCACAUAGCGCUGACAGGCCCAGCGCCCGCCUCUCUGAGCCUGUCUCCCACCUGUGAAGUGGGAUUGAACCUGAACUCUAAUUCUGUGUGUUGUCAGCAACCGGAAAACCCUGUGUUUUUAAACCACUUGCAUUUCUUAGCGAGCUGGAGAACGUCCUCAGCUGCCCCAGCCCUUGUGGCCACCAGCGUCCCAGGAAAUUCUGUCCCCACUCCAGCCCCCACCCCAACCUGCCUGGCCUCCACUGGGUGCUGGGUAGGCACAGCCUUGGCCCUGCCUGGAGGAGAGAGGACGGCAGUUCCCGGCCAGCGGAGGGCGGGAAUACACUGCUGCCGCUUCUCUCAGCGCACACUGGAGCCGCUGCUGAGCUCACACAGAGGUACGACGUGACCACUGGCCCCCGCUCUUCCUAACCCACUCUGUCUCUGUGGUUCCCCCGAGUGCGCUACUUGUUCUCUGGGGUUUCCUGGACGCUGCAACUCCAGGCCCUGCGUCCCAUGUUUGAGUCAGUUCCUAAGCGCCCCUUUGUGUGUCAUAAAAGGUCUAACUUUUAUACAGUUUCA